GGCGUCACGGGGGGCGGGGCGCAGGCUCUCCGGGAAGCUGCGCCCCGACUUGCAGCCAUGUAAGUAAGGCGGCGGGCGGGGAGGAGGGCGGGGCGGCUCCGGCCGCGCAGCCUUCGCCCCAGGACCUCCGCGGAAGCCGAAGGGAGGCGCCCGCCCUGCGCUCCCCGGGCCGGGGGUGCGGGGUCCGGAGGAGCCCCCCCCGGAGACAGCGCGCGUCUCUCCGCAGCCCCGCUCCGGCUGCAAGAAGCGGAAGACCUGCGCGCGGACUCGGGGGGCGCGGGCGCGGGCCCGGGCCCUCGUCGGGCGCGGCGGCCGCUGGGGCCUGGGGAGCUCGGCGGGGACCCCGGGGUAGCGGGCGCGGGGGCCCGGCGCCGCCCGACGGCCGGACGCGCCAUGUCCGGAGGCUGGGGCUCGGCGGCCCUGCCCCCCGGCCCCGGGGCCCGGAAGCCCGCCCCGCGGAGCCUCAGCUGCGUCUCCGACCUGGACGGCGGCGCGGCCCCCGAGCCGCGGCCCUGCAGGCCCCCCGGGAGCCCGGGCCGCGCGCCGCCGCCGCCGCCGCCGCCGCCACCGGCGCCGUCCGGCUGCGACCCCCGCCUGCGGCCCAUCAUCCUGCGGCGGGCGCGCUCGCUGCCCAGCUCGCCCGAGCGCCGCCAGAAGGCCGGGGGCGCGCCGGGGGCCGCGUGCCGGCCGGGCUGCAGCCGGCAGCUCCGCGUGCGCUUCGCCGACGCGCUGGGCCUGGAGCUGGCGCAGGUCAAGGUGUUCAACGCGGGCGAGGACCCGGCCGUGCCGCUGCACGUGUUGUCGCGCCUCGCCAUCAACUCGGACCUGUGCUGCAGCAGCCAGGACCUGGAGUUCACCCUGCAGUGCCUGGUGCCCGACUUCCCGCCGCCCAUCGAGGCCGCCGACUUCGCCGAGCGCCUGGCGCAGCGGCUCAUCUGCCUGGAGCGCGUCACCUGCUCGGACCUGGGCAUCAGCGGCACAGUGCGCGUGCGCAACGUGGCCUUCGAGAAGCAGGUGGCGGUGCGCUACACCUUCUCCGACUGGCGCAGCGCGCACGAGGCGGCGGCCCGGUGGCGCGGGCCGGCGGGCGCCGGGGGCACAGAGGACGUCUUCGCCUUCGGCUUCCCGGUGCCGCCCUUCCUGCUGGCGCUCGGCUCCCGCGUGCACUUCGCGCUGCGCUACCGGGUGGCGGGCGCCGAGUACUGGGACAACAACCACGGCCGCGACUACAGUCUCACGUGCCGCAACCACGCGCUGCACAUGCCUCGCGGGGAGUGCGAGGAGAGCUGGAUCCACUUCAUCUGAGGGCGUCUCUCGAGCCCAGCCGCGGGGGCCUCGUCGCUGGGCUCCCCCAUCCUGGCGGUGACUGUUCCCCCCCACCCACCACCACCACCACCACCACCACCACGGCCUGGGCCUUCUGACUUCAGCUUCUGCUCCAAGGCCCCCAGGCUGUGGCCCUUUGCAUCAUCUACUUGAAACGUCUGUGUCCCUAGGUCUAAAGAGUAGCCUCAGGUGGCCAGAAGGCCGUGGUAUAAUGCGCUGGGGGAGGGUGCUGGGUGGGCGGAGGAUGCACGGCGG